CCUCUGUUAGAUAGGCACAUGGUGAACUGCUGGUCAUUUACGCGCACCACCCUCAGCAAAAUCUCAGGUUGCACAUUCCCUCCCCACCCACAAGGGCACACCCUCCCUCUCCUCGUCUGCUUCGAGGCAUCCGGCGCCAGUCCCGCGCCGCAGCAAGAGCAGCUCACCAUGGCGGAAGUAGCAGUGUGCAGGAGGAUCAAGACGGGGACGGAGGUUGGAGCGAGGCCAGACGGGGCGGCGGCGGAAGAGGGGAGGCCGGAUGGCGAGAUAGCAAUCAAGAUAAGCUCCGAGGCCCUCCUCUGCAGGAUCUGCCUCGAGCCCCUCAAGCCACCCAUCUUCAAGUGUGAGGCUGGGCAUGUUUUGUGUUCUCCGUGCCUAGAAAAGCUCCGUCUGGACGGGCACGCUUUGAAGUUAGAGAUCUUUUGUGAUCUGUGUUGCAAAACCACGAGUUACCGCCGUUGUGUCGAACUAGAGCUAUUCAUCAACGCCAUCAAAGUUCCAUGCUCAAACCAAACAUAUGGCUGCAAUGAGUCCGUCAGAUACCAUGAGAAAGAGAAGCAUGAAAGCCAAUGCACACAUGCUCCAUGCCACUGCCCAGAGACUGACUGCACUUUCAGAGGGGCAGUAUGUUGCCUUCUGGAGCACUUCAUCACCGCGCACGGAUGGUCGCCAACCAACUUCAGCUACAACAAGCCACUGAAGGUAUCCAUUCCUCAUGACCACCGUUUCACCCUCCUUGUCGGGGAAGACCAGUCCAUUUUCCUCCUGACCAACACUCUGGCGGGAAUCGGCAAUGCUCUCUCCAUGGUCUGUGUCAGGCCUUGUGAAUCUGGACCAAACUAUUCAUGCAACAUCUCUGCUGCUAACAGUGUUGUUGGUGGAAAAGCUGAGGGGGGGCUUGUGUUCCAGAAGGACCCACUUGUGUCGAGCAGCUCGCUGUCAGGUGGAGUUCAGUUGGGCAAGUUCUUCCUGCUGGUUCCCCCAGAACUCGCCGAUAACCCAUCUGGCGAAUUGACCGUACACAUCCGUGUCGACAGACUUGCGGCUUAAGGAUCUCAGCUAGAAGUUCCCAGCGAAUUCUGGGUCGGCAUCUUUGCAACUAACAUCACCAGGAAUGACUGCAGAAGAAAAUUGUUUAGUUAUGUAGCUUUGUUGCAAGCCCCAAACUCAUGAGUGUCAUGAAUGACUGGCUGCUCUUGGUAAUGAAGAAUAGCUUCAGAUCUACCGGUUGUUUAAUGUAUCAAUUGAUGAUCUAUAUCUUGCAACUGAAUAUUAUACUGUUUGUCAGGUAUGAUCAGUUAGUAAGAUGAAUAUUAUUGGAACUAGUAUUUGAUCCAGGAGUUGUUGUAGAUAUGAUUUACCACUAUAAUCUUCACUUGGCCAUGUUGGAUACA